AUGUUGAAGUGGCUCGACGAGCCUGCCUUUAGUAAGUACAUAACAUUUCGUUACAGGGCUUGCUUGCUAAAAUACAAACACAGAGAAAAUUAUGAAAUCUCUCGCUCGGCAAAAUUCGUAUGGAGAUGACGUCGGUGAUAGCAUCGAAUGGUGGCUAGACGAUCACAACUCUUUCGAAGAGCAGCAAAAGCACUUGCUCAAGCUGUGGGAGUCGAGGCACUGGAGGUGGCUAGGGAGACAAAAUCAUUAACGAACCAAAGCUUCACCAUGGGUGCCAUGAAUUAUGCGCUGGCUGAGGAUAUAUAUAAGCAAGGCGAAAGCUCCCAUUCGUCGCUUCAAGAUGCCAUCAAAGAUGGAUUGGCUUCGGUAGCUAAGACUGGAACCCACUCGAUCCUUGAAGAGGGUUUGGAUGCUUUUAUAUUGCUGACGACGAAAUCAGAGUGUAAGAAAGUGUUACCCCUGUGAGAGAGUAUUACUAACGAGCACUGAGGGUUGAAUAACAUGUACCAUCACAAGAUAGAUCAUUUAGGAAAGAUGCUAGAGGCGAUACAGCAGAGUCAGAGUAAGCACAUGUAUUGAUGAUGCAAGUAUCUCUGCUUACUUAUACAUUGAGUCAAUUGCUUCUUAGCCAAAAGCAAUUUCUUCAACCUGCUGCUCCCCAGAACAAUAUCAAUCGAGUCAUGCUCCAAAACAUUUUGGCCAUCAAUAUCAACAUGACAAACGAUAGUCUCGAAAAAAUGAUUUCCAUAGGAAGAACAGAGGAGGAAAAUACCCACGGUCUCACCGAAAAGUUGAUGGAGAAUCGACAGUUCCUUAAUUGGUUUCAAUCUAGUGGGUCACAAUUGCUGCUCUUGAGAGCCGUCGCAACCGAAAACAUUUCUCCGUUGUCGAACUUUUGCGCGAUGCUGGUAAAGAGCUUGAAGAAUGUUCAACCAGCAAUCACAUUGCAUUAUUUUACUAGUGUACACAGAGUACUAAGGGGAACCGACAUAGAACAUGGCCAACAUUUACUGCGAUCACUCAUCGCCCAGCUUUUGCAGCAUUGGCCUGACGGUCAUCUGCUACCAUCCAAUUUGGACCUUAGCGGUAUCAGUAAUCACGGUUUUGAAUCCCUCUGGCUGUUAUUUGUCGCCGCAAUAACAAGUUUUGAGGGUGCAACAAUUUUCUGCACCAUCGACGGUUUGCUGAAAUAUCCUCGCGAGCAAGAAGCAAUUGUGUUGGUUCAUCGCCUUUGGGAACUAUCGGAAGCUUUGCAAACAGUCACACUCAAAGUUCUUAUAACAACUCCUAUCCCACCAAGAUUGAGAGACUUCGUCCCGGCAAACAACCAGGUAAUCAUCGAUACCGAUACAAGCGAUAGAACGGAUUCGAAUGUUGGCAAUGGCUUGAGUCCGACGGUUACGAGACAGUUUGCCAGAGGAAGAUCGGGAAGUCCAUUUAGCCGGGAGCCGCUCAACAUCUUGUGAAGACUUACGUUGUCUCGAAAAAUGCUGGGAGGAACGCAGCACAGUGAUUCAAAGAUGUUGGAAGAAACGCGAAAGCAAAAUCUACGCGACGUAUUGUCUCGGUCCCUCUCGGCUCGGCGUUAGGGUGUAAGUCACAUGAUGAGACUUCGCGAAAUUUCAACAAUUGUUUUAGGGAAAUUGAGGAGGUUAUAAGGCGUUUAUUGGAAUGCAGGUCUCACUGGCGAUGAACGUGGCUGUUUCGAAUUUUCAGCCCACUGAGCCUGAGACAUGGACGUCUUGUUUGUCGGGUUUUGAUGUUAGGGAUGCAAUGUGGAUUUGACUAUUUUGAUGAUCAAUGGUUUUGCAGGUUGGGAUGUAUUGCAUAUUUUGAAUAUUCUUCUUUUUCAUCGCAAAUUACUUGGGAAUGAAAGCUUUUUUUUAAUAUGGCUUUAAAGAAUCC